AUGCUGGUGACCUAUUUGGAAGCCAGCCGGGACCUUCGCGAGACGGACUCAAUUCUUUUUGGCGCCGCGCUGGCAGUCUGCCAUAUCAUAGGCGCCAAGGUUUCCACGUCUGGACGCGCUUCUGACCAAAGUAGCGCUAUCCCAGCAUGGAGAAGAAGAAUUGAGGAACGUAUCGCAAAGGCUAGAGCUCUCAUAGGCAGACUGAUAUGCUACAGAUCAGGUAAUAACAGGUCAACAAUUGAGCGCACCGUCAGGAUGGCGUUUGCUGGGACAAAUGUCAGUUUGUCCCAGCCGGAUAUAACGCAAAAACUGACGGAGCGCAUAGAUGAUCUGAAGCAGAGAAUCGCUGCUUGGGGAAAGCGGAUUCGGCGAUAUACCGAGAGGUCGACACGGUUCAACCAGAAUCAUCUCUUCCAGAGUGAUCAGAAGAGGCUCUAUGAAUCAUUGGAGCGACCAAUGGUAAUUGGAACGGGCCCUGCCCCGAAUCAGGCCGACACUAUAGCAUUCUGGCGCGGCCUGUGGUCAGAGCCCGUAAACCACAGCGAGGGCCCUUGUACGGAAGUUGUGGCGAGUCAGUGUGCGAGUAUAACGACCAUGUACCCCGUUAUUAUAACACUGGAUGACGUAGCUAAAGCGGUCAGUAGGGCCCCGAACUGGAAAAGUCCGGGAAUAGACGGGCUACAUCACCACUGGCUGAAGGGGUUCGUGGUGUGUCACACUGUGCUCGCCCGACAGUUUCAAGAGGCUCUCAACCAGAAGUCGCUCCUAAGCUUCUUCAAAACUGGAAUCACCCAUUUGGUUCCUAAAGACCAAGCUCUGCAAAGUUGGCAUGCUAUUUUAGACAAAAAUUUAAUCAUAACGUCUAAUAUCUCUACAAUGCAUCUAUAA